AUGAUGUGUCAUAACGGGAAAAUGCAGUCACCAAUCGACAUCCCCCCUGGUCGUUUGCUCUUUGAUCCGAACAUGAAGCCGAUUCACAUCGAUAGAAUCAGUGUGAUGUCUGAGAUGUUGAACACUGGCCAAAUGCCACGCAUUCGAAUUGGCAACUCAGCUCGACGACCCAGUGCCAAUCUGACUGGUGGACCGCUACACGGCUACAAGUACAGAAUCCAACGGAUAGAUAUCCAUAUUGGAAGAGGGGCAGUCAACGGUAGCGAGCACACCAUCGAUGGAAGGAGAUUUCCCAUGGAGGUGAUCAUCAUGAUUAUUAUAGUAGAUAUCGUGAAAUAA